GUUCUAGUAAAAACAACAGAACAGAGAACAACAGGCUGAAUAGGUGUUAAUAUGUUAACAUAACAUAUGAACAGUUAUGUUCUGUUGUUUAUGCUAUAAUUAACUGAAUAAGUUUACCAAACUCACUCAGUCUCAUUCCAACUCACUAAAUCCAUUGAAUUCUUUCUCUGUGUCACUUCUGCACAACCUCCGGAGGUAAAUCAUAAAUUCAUGAGGUAAACAGAGCGCCACUUCCUCUUCUGUGUAACUGUCGUCAGGCUCAGCAUCAGUUCCAGUUAGAAUUAUUCCAGCCUUUCUGAAUCCACAGGAUGGUUUCGAUUGUCACUGAAGUUCAGGCUUUGUCGAUUCAUCCAGUGACUUCCAGGAAAGUUACAUGGUGCACCCGCCCGGUUACCAUGAAGCUGUACUCUCCAUCCCCGCUUUCCGCCAGUCAACCACAAGUCGCAAGUCUCGCUCACUCCAAACUUUCUUUCUGCCGCUCGAUUACUGUUUUCGGCUGAAUAUUUCACUAUUUACAGUGAGACAGCAGCUUUUUCUACAGGAGGCAUGUAGUAGAGUGCGAAGUGACAGUGGUACAGGAGUAAAAGUAAUACUAGAUACUGACACAUGAGCCUAGAGCGCCCUCUCAUGGCUGUCUGUCUGAAAGUUUUAACAUAUAAGUCACACCAGGACCACCCAAAACAUGAAAAAAAGUGCAACUUAUAGUCUGAAAAAUACAGUAUAAAAAUGGCAUCAAUGAUUAUUUGGUGUAUUUUCUGUUACUAUAAUUUAAACCCUGUGUAUGUUUUACAGGUGCUGAUUGUUGUCAACUAAGUGAUCUGUUCAUUACAACUCCACGUCAAAUGGAGGCUCUGAGUGGCUCUUGUUUACAGAUCCCAUGCACCUAUACUGCUCCAUUCAAAUACAUAAAGAAAGCAUUCCCUGCCACUGGCAUGUGGUUUAAACAGAAUUAUGUGUAUGGUACAAGUUCAGCGUUUUCAGUCAGUGGAAACCCCAAUAUGUCUUAUCCUAUGAAUUUCACUGGGGAUCUGAAAAACAAAGAUUGCAAUACAAUGUUUUAUAAUUUAAGCCAAAGCCAUGAAGACAUAUAUUACUUUGGAUUAGUAACAGAAUUCUUUACAAACAUAGCUGUUUUUAACCAUCUUCAAAUAACAGUCAGAGACUUUCCCAGGAGCCCCACAAUCGAAGUCUCUGGUAAUCAGACAGAGACAGAGGUGCUGACUAUAACCUGCUCGGCUGUCACUCCCUGUCCACUCGCCCCUCCUCUCCUCACAUGGGACCCCCACCAAGACACUGCCCACAUCACAGAAACCAACGCAGACCGGACCCUUACCACUAAAAUCACACAGAACAUCAGUGUGACAGACGCCCAUGAUGGACUUGUGAUAAAGUGUAACGCGUCGUAUCCUGUGAGGCGAGGAUUCAAAAUGUCCAGCAGUAAUGUCACCCUCAGUGUCUCAUAUGGCCCAAAAGACACCUCUGUUGCGGUCAGUCCGUCCGGUCCACUGUCAGCAGGUGAGUCAGUGGCGCUGAGCUGCUCCAGCAGAGCCAAACCUCCUGUCCACCUCUUCACCUGGUUCAGACACAGUCCAAAGGGAGCAGCCCGAGUGAGCCAGGGACACACGUACAGCUUCAACUUCACUCAAGACGGACAGUACUAUUGUGUGGCCUCAAAUACACUGGGAAACGAAACAUCUGCGGUCAUUACACUGAGUAAAACAGAACCUGGUGUUGUGAGUUGGAUUGGCCCCUACAACGUCGUGAAGCUCUGUGGAAUUAUACUGCUCUACGGCUCCCUGGUCCUUUUUGAAUGCUGGUUUAGAACAACUUAUGCAAAGAAACAGGAACAGAGACCAGAUGCAAAUGUCCGCAGUGCCAUUCCAAGUCAAUCUUAAAACUUGUUUUUUUAAAACUGGCUUAUGUUGUAUUUUAUCAUACACCUGCAAACCAAUACAUACUAGAGUCGGCUUAUAUUGAAUAGUGCUUAUGCAUUUAUAUGGCAGAAAGUUAGUGCAGUUUAUAGUAGGUCUAAGUAGGGCUGGGUACUGAAGCUUGGUUGCAAGUGGGAAAGAACCAAAAAGAUUCAGUAAGUACUGCUACCGAAAAAACUAACAUCCCAACUUUUGGUUCUUUGGCUUUACAUGUCCACAUCAAUGAGCCACGAACAGAGUUCCCACUCUUUUUCACUGAGAACAUUUCAAAACUUUUCCAUGACUUUUUCAUGACCUAAAGUAAAUUUUCCAUGACUUUACGGCACCUACAUGUGUAGAAUUUAUCAUACUUUUAGGGCUAGAUAUGAAAUGUUAACCCUUUCCACGCACCUUAUGGUUUGGGAUAGUAGUUUUUUAACAUUGAAAAUCCUAUCAGUGCAUUUAUUGUUGUCUCUUUUAAACAAAAGGCACAUACCUUCAGAAAUAAUAAUGGUCUAAUGAGAACUUAACAGAACGCUGUAGUUGUGUCAAAGACAUACUGAAAUUCCAUGACUUUUCCAAAACUUUCAUUAAAUUUACAAAAUCCCAUGACUUUUCCAAGCCUGGAAAUUACAUUUUUAAUUUCCAUGACUUUUCCAGAAUUUCCAUGACCGUGGGAACCCUGCAGUAAACACACCAAUUUAUCAAUACGUGUAGUUAAUAAGAUUAACUGAGAUUCAGGAGCAGGACCACGCCUCCUGACCACACACACUGACAAAAAUUUGGUUAAAUAAAACAAAAGUAAUGUGGCAGUACAACAUAAAAACUGAAAUGAAAUUCCUUUUCUUUCUCUCUUCCUUUUUUUCUCUCCCAUUUUUCCUAUACUUAAACUAAUAUUAUUUUCACCAUCAUCAUUUCCUUUCAUCAUCUUUUACUAUUUAUUACAAACUCAAAGCAUCAUUUUAAAGACAUUUUCCCUCCCUCAUUUUUAAAUAAACAUUUUUAAUCCCUAUACUUAAACUGAAUUAACAUAGUUAUAACAUAAUUCAAUGAUUGAAAAGUAUUUUAUUAAUAAUAUUGGCUAUUAAUUUACAUUUUAAAAAAUACAGGCUCCAAAAAAGGAUCGUUCAGGAACCAGUAUCGGUAUUAUUAAAGUACUGGUAUCGAAAAUAAUAAUAAUAAUAAUAAUCAAGCGGUACCCAGCCUUAUGUUAUUCCUGAGUCAAACUCUUCUAAUUUGUCAAGAACUAAUUCCAGCCUGAUGAAGAAGCUCUGAAGACUGUGUUGGCUCACUCGUGCCAUCACUGAUCACACAAAGUUAACGUUAUCUUUGAUUUUCUGCUCUUGUUAUAUGAAAUAAACUCUAAGUGUAAAUAAAA